UCAGUGAAAAAUGUACUCUGACCUGAAUCCUGAAUUUUCCUUGAUGGUCAAAAGAUUAAGACGGAGUCUUGCUCUGUCGCCCAGACUGGAGAGGAGUGGCACAAUCUCGGCUCGCUGCAACCUCCACUUCCCAGGUUCAAGUGAUUCUCCUGCUUCAGCCUCCCGAGUAGCUGGGAUUACAGGUGCCUGCCACCACGCCCGCCUAAUUUUUGUACUUUUAGUAGAGAUGAGGUUUCACCAUGUUGGCCAGGCUGCUCUUGAACUCCUGACCUUGUGAUCCGCCUGCCUCCGCCUCCCAGUGUUGGGAUUAUAGGUGUGAGCCACCACACCCAGCCACUAAGAAAUCAUGAGUGGAGGAUCUCAAGUCCACAUUUUUUGGGGUGCUCCAGUUGCUCCACUGAAAAUGACAGUAUCAGAAGACACAGCUUCUUUAAUGUCUGUUGCUGACCCCUGGAAAAAAAUUCAGCUUUUAUACAGUCAACAUUCUUUAUAUCUGAAGGAUGAAAAACAGCACAAAAAUCUUGAAAACUAUAAAGUCCCAGAAUCUAUUGGUUCUCCAGAUCUUAGUGGUCGUUUCUUAGCAAACUGUAUGAAUAGACAUGUUCAUGUGAAAGAUGACUUUGUACGUUCUGUUUCUGAAACACAGAAUAUAGAAUCCCAGAAGAUUCACUCCUCUAGACUGAGUGAUAUAACUAGCUCUAAUAUGCAAAUAUGUGGAUUUAAAAGCACAGUUCCGCAUUUAACCGAAGAAGAAAAGUAUCAAAAGCUUCUCAGUGAAAAUAAAAUUAGAGAUGAACAGCCUAAACAUCAGCCAGAUAUAUGUGGUAAGAACUUUAACACAAAUUUGUUUCAGUUGGGCCAUAAAUGUGCAGCUGUGUUGGAUUUGGUUUGUAGUACUGAAAAAAUUAAUAUAGGGCCUGAAGUGGUACAAAGAGAGUGUGUGCCAACAGAAUAUCAUGAAAUACAAAACCAGUGUUUGGGAUUAUUUUCCUCGAACGCAGUAGAUAAGUCAAGGUCUGAAGCAGCAGUUAGGAAGGUCUCAGACCUUAAAAUAUCAACUGAUACAGAAUUUCUCAGUAUAAUUACCUCCAGCCAGGUUGCUUUUUUAGCUCAAAAGAAAGAUAAAAGGCGGAGUCCUGUAAAUAAAGGGAAUGUAAACAUGGAGACUGAACCAAAGGCAAGUUACCGGGAGAUAAGAAUACCUGAAGAGAAUUCGAUUCAGCUUGAUGGUUUUACAGAAGCAUAUGAAAGUGGACAAAACCAAGCAUAUUCCCUUGAACUUUUUAGUCCUGUUUGUCCUAAAACAGAAAAUAGCCGCAUUCACAUAAACUCUGAUAAAGGUCUUGAAGAACAUACAGGAUCUCAAGAACUUUUCAGUUCUGAAGAUGAACUGCCACCAAAUGAGAUACGUAUUGAGUUGUAUAGCUCAGGAAUACUGUGUUCCCAACUAAAUACCUUCCACAAAAGUGCUAUUAAAAGAAGCUGUACCUCUGAAGAUAAAGUGGGCCAGUCUGAAGCUCUAUCUAGAGUCCUUCAAGUAGCUAAGAAAAUGAAGUUGAUUUCUAAUGGAGGAGAUUCUGCUGUAGAAAUGGAUCGGAGAAAUGUGUCUGAAUUUAAGAGUAUUAAAAAAACAUCGUUAAUAAAAAACUGUGAUUCUAAAAGCCAGAAGUAUAAUUGUUUAGUCAUGGUGCUAUCUCCAUGCCAUGUGAAGGAAAUAAACAUAAAAUUCGGACCAAAUUCUGGCUCUAAAGUGCCUUUAGCAACAGUUACAGUAAUUGAUCAAUCAGAAACUAAGAAGAAGGUUUUUCUGUGGAGGACUGCAGCAUUUUGGGCAUUUACAGUGUUUCUUGGAGAUAUAAUUUUACUCACAGAUGUUGUUAUUCAUGAGGACCAAUGGAUUGGCGAGACAGUACUACAAUCAACAUUUAGCAGUCAGUUAUUAAAUCUUGGGAGUUAUUCAUCUAUUCAGCCUGAAGAAUAUUCCAGUGUAGUUAGUGAUGUUGUACUUCAAGACUUACUGGCAUAUGUGUCCUCAAAACAUUCCUACCUCAGAGAUCUUCCUCCGAGGCAGCCUCAGAGGGUGAACAGUAUAGACUUUGUAGAAUUGGAGCACCUUCAACCUGAUGUAUUAGUCCACGCAGUACUAAGAGUUGUUGAUUUCACUAUACUGACAGAGGCAGUAUACAGUUAUAGAGGACAGAAGCAGAAAAAAGUUAUGUUAACAGUGGAACAGGCCCAAGAUCAACAUUAUGCGCUUGUAUUAUGGGGUCCUGGAGCAGCCUGGUACCCUCAACUUCAAAGGAAAAAAGGUUAUAUUUGGGAAUUUAAAUAUCUUUUUGUUCAGUGCAAUUAUACACUAGAAAACCUAGAAUUGCAUACAACGCCUUGGUCAUCCUGUGAGUGCUUGUUUGAUGAUGAUAUAAGGGCAAUUACAUUUAAAGCAAAAUUUCAAAAAAGUGCACCCUCCUUUGUGAAGAUAUCAGACUUAGCAACCCACCUAGAGGAUAAGUGUUCAGGAGUGGUUCUAAUUAAAGCCCAGAUUUCAGAGCUGGCAUUUCCUAUUACAGCAGCUCAGAAGAUAGCUCUAAAUGCUCACAGUUCUCUGAAGAGUAUUUUUUCUUCUCUUCCCAACAUCGUAUAUACUGGCUGUGCAAAAUGUGGAUUGGAACUAGAAACAGAUGAGAACAGGAUCUACAAACAAUGUUUUAGCUGCUUGCCAUUUACUAUGAAGAAAAUAUAUUAUAGGCCGGCGUUAAUGACUGCCGUUGAUGGAAGACAUGAUGUUUGCAUCCGUGUAGAAUCAAAGCUGAUAGAGAAGAUUCUUCUCAACAUUUCUGCAGACUGCCUCAACAGAGUGAUAGUUCCUUCCUCAGAGAUCACCUAUGGGAUGGUCGUGGCAGACCUGUUCCACUCCUUGUUGGCAGUCAGCGCAGAACCUUGUGUAUUGAAGAUUCAGAGCCUUUUUGUGUUAGAUGAAAACAGCUAUCCAUUACAACAAGAUUUCUCCCUCCUGGAUUUUUAUCCUGACAUUGUAAAGCAUGGAGCCAAUGCCCGUCUCUGAGGCCAGAGGAAGAAAUUGCACGCAUUUCAAGGAAGAAGUACUGAAAUGAUUUGUCUUUUGAAAUAAAUGAAUGACAGGGCUUUUGCUUUGGAUUUUUUAUGAAAUAUAUUUUACAAAGAGAAUUGCACUAGAUAUAUAAAUUAAAACUUUUUUCUAAGAAAAUCCUGUGAGGUUUAAAAAGAUUGUUUUUGUCUUUUGGUUUCUUCCUUUCUCCUGGAGAAAUGAUCUACCAGUCAAGGCAAUAUGUAGCAGAUCCCUGGGAAUUAAAGGUUUGCCCAUUUGUUCACUGUAUUUAGUCCCUGCUACGUUCCAGGCAUUGUACUAAGUAUGGGGAACCACAGAGAAGACCUUCCCUCAGAAACUGCUGCAGUGCUUUCGCUUAUCCCUACCUAAAAAACCGUCAAUGUGAAAUCAUUUCCUUGAUUAUAACUAUAAUGAUAAUGGAUUAGUUUAUACAAACCUAUGUUUAGACAAGUUCAAGACAAGCGUGUCUUUCUAUAAAAAGUAUUGAAAAUGAAGGAAAUGAGAUCAUGUUUCAAUUUAUUAAAGCAGGGAAGAGCGUUCUGUGGUUAGUUCGUGUCUAGGAUUUGAGUGCCUUACUGAAUGCAUUUACCAGCAAACAUGUAGCAAUCUGUUCUCUCAUUGUGACUAUGGAAGAAGCUCAUGUAAAAUGAUAGUCAUUAAUGAGGAAGUAUGGCGUGGUACUUAUUCUGUAAGUUCAGAGUAUGCUGAGUGUUAAUAGAUUAUCAUAUUGCCUGAAAAUAAAUUCAUGAUGACAUGAA